ACGCCAUGGAGAAACCCUCAAAGGAUCGUCUCACUUUGUCUCCAGCUUGUAAAAUGGAAGAUGAGGACAUCACGGGAGAUUGUGGAGGAGAAAAGACAAUGAGCUCCACUAUGGAUGGAGGACUUCACAGUGUGGAUAGACCAUGGAAUCCCUCCGAUUUCGAGCAACCCCGUACUGUGAGGGGUGGGGCCGGGAUUCAGGGAGAGGAGACAUUUCACUGUUCUCAGUGCAGCAAAUGUUUUCCUUGUAAAUCACUACUCAUCAUACAUCAGAUAUCUCACACGAUUAAGAAGGUGUCUUCUUGCCUUGAGUGUGGGAAAUGUUUUUCACAGAAACAUGAACUUCUUAAACAUCAGAGAUCUCACAGGGGGGAGAAGCCGUAUUCUUGCCCUGAGUGCGGGAAAUGCUUUUCUCAAAAGUCCAAUCUUAACAAUCAUCUGACAUCUCACACGGGUGAGAAACCACAUCCAUGUCCUGAGUGUGAAAAAUGUUUUAGCUUAAAAUCAAUCCUUGUAACACAUCAAAGAACUCACACAGGUGAGAAGCCAUUUCCCUGCCCUGAGUGCGGGAAAUGUUUUUCACAGAAGGCCAGUCUUAUUUGCCAUCAGAAGUCUCACACGGGUGAGAAGCCAUUUUCCUGCCCUGAGUGCGGGAAAUCUUUUUCACAGAAGGGCAAUCUUAUUUCCCAUCAGAAAUCUCACACGGGUGAGAAGCCAUUUCCCUGCCCUGAGUGUGGAAAAUGUUUUAGAUUAAAAUCAACGCUUGUAACACAUCAAAGAACUCACACGGGGGAGAAGGCAUAUCCCUGCCCUGAGUGCGGGAAAUAUUUUUCAGCGAAUUCCUAUCUUAAAACACAUCGGAGAAUUCACACGGGUGAAAGGCCGUAUUCCUGUCCUGAGUGCGGAAAAAGUUUUUUACAGAAAUCAGACCUUGAUAAACAUCAAAGAUCUCACACGGGGGAGAAGCCGUAUUCCUGUCCUGAGUGCGGGAAAUGUUUUUCACGCAAGUACGAGUUAAACAAACACUGUAGGUCUCACACAGGUGAGUCCACACAGGAAGGUCACACCAUCCCCCACCAUCAUCAGGGUGAAGAUCGGAUGAUCAUGAAAACUGAGUGUGACGUAGAAAAGGCGUAUGUGAGGGAUGAUCAGCGAUAUACGGAGGAGGCUGGAAUGACGAGGACAUUCAUAGAGGAGGAUACUCCUACAGAGAUCAGCACAGGACACGCCAUGGAGAAACCCUCAAAGGAUCGUCUCACUUUAUCUACAGCUUGUAAAAUGGAAGAUGAGAACAUCACAGGAGAUUGUGGAGGAGAAAAGACAAUGAGCUCCACUAUGGAUGGAGGACUUCACAGUGUGGAGAGACCAUGGAAUCCCUCCGACUCUGAGCAACCUCGUACUGUGAGGGGUGGGGCCGGGAUUCAGGGGGAGGAGACAUUUUACUGUUCUGAGUGCAGCAAAUGUUUUCCUUCUAAAUCACUACUCAUCAUACAUCAGAGAUCUCACACAGGGCAGAAGCCAUAUUGCUGUCCUGAGUGUGGAAAAUGCUUUGCAAUAAAAUCGAACUGUGCGAAACAUCAAAUAACUCACACGAGUGAGAAGGCGUAUUCCUGCCCUGAGUGCGGAAAAUGUUUUUCACAGAAAUCAUACCUCGUUAAACAUCAGAGAUCUCACACAGGGGAGAAGCCGUAUUCUUGCCCUGAGUGCGGGAAAUGUUUUACUCUCAAGUCCCAUCUUAACAGCCAUCUGAAAUCUCACACAGUUGAGAAACCACAUCCCUGUCCUGAGUGUGGAAAAUGUUUUAGAUUAAAAUCAGUCCUUGUAACACAUCAAAGAAUUCACACGAAUGAGAAGGCCUAUUCCUGCCCUGAGUGCGGGAAAUGUUUUUCACGGAAGCAAACUCUUCAUGCACAUCUGAGGACUCACACGGGUGAAAAGCCAUAUUGCUGUUCAGAGUGUGGAAAAUGUUUUACACAAGAAUCCAACCUUCUAAAACAUCGAACAAGUCACACGGGGGAGAAGGCCUAUCCCUGCCCUGAGUGCGGGAAAUAUUUUUCAGCAAAUUCCUAUCUUAAAAUACAUCAGAGAAUUCACACGGGUGAAAGGCCGUAUUCCUGUCCUGAGUGCGGAAAAGGUUUUUUACAGAAAUCAGACCUCGUUAAACAUCAAAGAUCUCACACGGGGGAGAAGCCGUAUUCCUGUCCUGAGUGCGGGAAAUGUUUUUCAGAUAAUUCCAGUUUUUAUAAACAUCAGAGAUCUCACACGGGGGAGAAGCCGUAUUCUUGCCCUGAGUGCGGGAAAUGUUUUACUCUCAAGUCCCAUCUUAACAGCCAUUUGAAAUCUCACACAGUUGAGAAACCACAUCCCUGUCCUGAGUGCGGGAAAUGUUUUUCACGCAAGUACGAGUUUAACAAACACUGUAGGUCUCACACAGAUUUGGUGGAUAAACUUAGAUUGUUAGGUCCUAGAGACCAAAAAAGUUAUGGGUUAGAAAUGGCAGAACACUGGCUUGAAGACGCUAGGAUCAGAGCACAGGGAAAGAGGACAAAAGAAAAAUACCAAGCCCAAAUGCCCCUAGUGGACAAAGAGGAUGAUUUCAUUUGUUGCACCCAAAGACCACCUCCUUAUAUUAGCCCUCCCCCUCAGGUGCAAGCCACUUCCCAGAGUACCACCCUCCCUGUGACAUCCACCCCUGUCAGAGGAACCGCCUCUGGCCAAGACCCCAAUCCUACUUCCUUAAACUCUCCAGAUAGUAGCAUAGCCUCAGAGAUGAACAGAUCGAUCCUUGAAACUUUAACCAACGCCAUAAUCCAUGCACUGGGUGCCCCAGCAGGGUCCAAGAGAUUAAGUAAACCUCCUAUGAGGUAUGGUGUGGGUGAAGAUCGGAUGAUCAUGAAAACUGAGUGUGACGUAGAAGAGACGUAUCACGCCAUGGAGAAACCCUCAAAGGAUCGUCUCACUUUAUCUCCAGGUUGUAAAAUGGAAGAUGAGGACAUCACAGGAGAUUGUGGAGGAGAAAAGACAAUGAGCUCCACUAUGGAUGGAGGACUUCACAGUGUGGAUAGACCAUGGAAUCCCUCCGACUCUGAGCAACCUCGUACUGUGAGGGGUGGGGCCGGAAUUCAGGGGGAGGAGACAUUUCACUGUUCUCAGUGCAGCAAAUGUUUUCCUUGUAAAUCACGACUCAUCACACAUCAGAGAUCUCACACGGGGGAGAAGCCGUAUUCCUGUCCUGAGUGCGGAAAAUGCUUUGCAAUAAAAUCGAACUGUGCGAAACAUCAAAGAACUCACACAGGUGAGAAGCCAUUUCCCUGCCCUGAGUGCGGGAGAUGUUUUUCACAGAAGGUCCAUCUUAUUUCCCAUCAGAAGUCUCACACGGGCGAAAAGCCAUUUUCCUGUCCUGAGUGUGGAAAAUCUUUUGCAAGGAAACCAGGCCUUGUAAAACAUCAAAGAAUUCACAAGAGUGAGAAGGUGUAUUCCUGCCCUGAGUGCGGGAAAUGUUUUUCACAGAAACAUGAACUUGUUAAACAUCAGAGAUCUCACACGGGGGAGAAGGCUUUUUCCUGCCCUGAGUGCGGGAAAUGUUUUUCAGAGAAACAUGAACUUGUUAAACAUCAGAGAUCUCACACGGGGCAGAACCCGUAUUCUUGCCCUGAGUGCGGGAAAUAUUUUCCAUAUAAAUCACACCUUGUCAGACAUCAAAGAUCUCACACAGGGGAUAAGCCGUAUUCUUGCCUUGAGUGUGGGAAAUGUUUUUUAGAGAAACAUGAACUUCUUCGACAUCAGAGAUCUCACACGGGGGAGAAGCCGUAUUCUUGCCCUGAGUGCGGGAAAUGCUUUUCUCAAAUGUCCAAUCUUAACUAUCAUCUGACAUUUCACACCGGGGAGAAGCCGUAUUCCUGUCCUGAGUGCGGAAAAUGCUUUGCAAUAAAAUCGCACUGGGUGAUACAUCAAAGAACUCACACAGGUGAGAAGCCAUUUCCCUGCCCUGAGUGCGGGAGAUGUUUUUCACAGAAGGCCAGUCUUAUUUCCCAUCAGAUGUCUCACACGGGUGAAAAGCCAGUUUCCUGUCCUGAGUGUGGAAAAUCUUUUGCAGGGAAACCAGGCCUUGUAAAACAUCAAAGAAUUCACACGAGUGAGAAGACGUAUUCCUGCCCUGAGUGCGGGAAAUGUUUUUCACAGAAAUCAUACCUUGUUAAACAUCAAAGAUCUCACAUAGUGGAUAAGCCGUAUUCCUGCCCUGAGUGCGGGAAAUGUUUUUCACAGAAAUCAUACCUUGUUCAACAUCAGAGAUCUCACAUAGUGGAUAAGCCGUAUUCUUGCCCUGAGUGCGAAAAAUGUUUUGCUCUCAAGUCCCAUCUUAACAGCCAUCUGAAAUCUCACAAACUUGAGAAACCACAUCCCUGUCCUGAGUGUGGAAAAUGUUUUAGCUUAAAAUCAGUCCUUGUAACACAUCAGAGAAUUCACACGGGUGAGAAGGCCUAUUCCUGCCCUGAGUGCGGGAAAUGUUUUUCACGGAAGGAAACUCUUCAUGUACAUCUGAGGACUCACACGGGUGAAAAGCCAUAUUGCUGUCCAGAGUGUGGAAAAUGUUUUACACAAGAAUCCCACCUUCUAAAACAUCGAACAAGUCACACGGGGGAGAAGGCGUAUCCUUGCCCUGAGUGCGGGAAAUAUUUUUCAGCAAAUUCCUAUCUUAAAAUACAUCGGAGAAUUCACACGGGUGAAAGGCCGUAUUCCUGUCCUGAGUGCGGAAAAGGUUUUUUACAGAAAUCAGACCUCGUUAAACAUCAAAGAUCUCACACGGGGGAGAAGCCGUAUUCCUGCCAUGAGUGCGGGAAAUGUUUUUCAGAUAAAUCCAGUUUUUAUAAACAUCAGAGAUCUCACACGGGGAAGAAGCCGUAUUCCUGUCCUGAGUGCGGGAAAUGUUUUUCACUCAAGUACGAGUUUAACCAACACUGUAGGUCUCACACAGGGGAGUAGAUGUGUCGCUACUUAGUGCGGAAAAUGCCCAGAGAUCUCACACUGGGAGAUAUACACCUCAGAAAACACGUGGCUGAGCGCUCCUCUGAUCUUCAUCAUGGAAGAAACAUUUUGACGCCUUUAGUAAGAUUAUUUUUUCCCUCCUAAAGUCCUCUCUGGCUUAUUCUGAGAGGAGGGAAUAUUACUGGUGGUUGAGUCCCUCUAGCAGUGUAGUCUGAUCUCCCCUGAUCUUCAGCAGAAGCUUCAUAGGAAGACAUCCUGGUGAGAGACUCUAGAUAUGGAUGAGAGAGAAGGGGAGAUCAGAUUACAAGACUGUCAAUUUCAAUGGUCAGCAGCCUGCACAGGCAGCUUCAUUUCCUUGGAGAGUGCCACCUGCUGGCUGAAAGUGGAACAUUUCAUAUGUAGCUGAUAAAAAUGUAAAUACAAUCUCAA